AUGAGUUUACCUAAUCAAUCUAAAAAACCUGAUAGAUUAAUGAAAACAUUAUUUAUAUCAUAGCCUAUCAUUUUUUAAUCAAAAGGAUUAAGUAAAAGUGAUAUGGUUAUGGAGACUGGUUAAGAUUUCAUAUUUACAAAACCUUCAGCAUUUUAGACAUUUGAAAGUUAGAGUUUAUAAAAGUAAAUGUAUGGGAUUGGAUUAAAUACAGGAAGAUUUUUAGAUAAUCAAGAAUAAUUAAGAUAGGAUAAAACUAAAAAAAGAGUUUUAAAGCCAGGAUAAAUAAGUACAUUAGAACCUUUGACCUAGAAAUCAUCUACUUAAAAUAUAUUUUAAGGUAAAAUAUGUGUAUUUUUCUUAGAGGCAGAAAAUGAAGAACGCAAAAAAUUCAUUGAUUAUACAGGAGGUCCUCGAUUUGAAAAUGAAAAAUAAGAUAAAUUGAUUAAAUACUCAGUAGUAGGAUAUUAAUAAUUUAUGAAAACUCAUUAAGAAAAAUUAAAAUUAGAUUAAAAAAGGAAAAAUAAAUAAUAUACUAAUAAUGGUGCUACUGAUGAAUCUCUUAUAGAGGAAUAAUAACCAUUGAAAACAAGUUAAUUUAGUGAGAAAAUAAUAUAAUAAAGCAGAAAAACACCUAAAAAAAAUAGAGGAGAUUAAAAAUUUUUGAAUAAGAGAGAUUUAGUAUAAAUUAUGAGAGAUACUGAAAAGAGAAUAAAAGAAGGGUAGAAAGAAAUAGAGGAAUAAGAAAGGAAAUUACCUUAAAAUGUAAGAAAUGCAAUUACAAGAGAAGAAAGAGCAAUGAAAAAACAUGAAGUUGUGAAAGCUUUAUGGGAAAAUGUUAAUAUAUAAGUUUCCUCGAAUUGUUUUCGUUAACCUGAAGAAACCAUUAUGGCUAGAUCAGAUUAAUAUAGAGAGAAAAAUCAAAUGGUAUAAGCUUUAGAAUUAUGUAAAGGGGAUGAUGAGAAAAAUAAUAGUCGUUAUUGGUAUUUGAGAUUAAGAUGGUAUGAUCACAAAGAUUCAAGACCUCCCUUUACUUUAUUAACAUAAAAGAAUUCAUAAUAAAGUGAAAGGAAAUUUGAAAAUAGACUUACAAAUAGAUUUGUUACUGAUACUGAAGCAGAACGAUUAUACUAAUAAUAAUAAUUUGUAUUAUCUGAUAUUUAAUCUAAUUUCAAUGCCAAAUUAAUAGAAAAUCCUUUUAAAUAAGUUGAAACUGUUAUAUCAGAAUAAAAAUUAAAGUCAUAAGAGAAAUCAUUGUCAAAUUAAUCUAAUCUUUAGGAUUCUCCAAAAUCUAAAUUAUAUUCAACUAAAUUAGAAUAGAUGUAUCAUUAGAAAUUGAAAGAGAAACCAAAAAAAAAGUUUGUUGAUUGUUAAGAUUAUUUAAGUUUAAUAGGUGAAAGCCAAUAUCAAAGAGAAUUGAGAAUGUUAAAAAGAGAGUAAAUAUAAGAAUUCAAAUUAGCAGAAAUACCUAAUGAAGAAUAAGAAGUGAUGAUUAAUACAUGGAACUCUAAGAAUUUGGCAAGAUCAGGUGAGCAGAUAUUGUUUUGA